GAUAAUGAAAAUUUUUUUGUUUGUUUGACCACCAUCAUCGUUGACCAUCAUCCAUUAGUUUAAUGAUUUUUCAUUAGUUUCUGAUUUUCUUUAAAACGGUGAUCAACAAUGAAAUAUUUAAAAAUGUUUGCCAACAACGUUUUCAUCUGGUUUUGUUUUCUAUUAUCAUUAUCUUCAUUUUUAAAUGCCAUUCCAUAUCCACUCGAUAAUCAACAACAAUCAAUAGGUAUUGGUACUAAACCAAGAUUAAAAUCAUUCAAUUUUGAGCCAAAUAUAUUGGAUGGACAAACUGUACGUGUAUUUUGUCAAUUAAUUGAUGGUAGUCAACCAUUAUCAUUUCAAUGGUUAAAAAAUGGACAACCAUUAUCAUCGACAACAACAUCAUCAUUGAUACAACAUUCUUCUUCUUCAUUACCAUAUUAUACAUCAUCAUCAUUACCAUCAACAACAUUAACCAAUUCAAUUGAUAUACAAACAUUUUCUGAUUAUUCAUCAUUAGCUAUUUAUCGUAUUGAUCGUCAACGUGAUUCGGGAAAUUAUACCUGCCUGGUAUCAAAUAGUUAUGGUUCUGAUCAAUAUAGUUCAUUAUUGAUUGUACAAGGUUU